GCGUCUCGUGUAGACUGUAGCGGGAGAGACUGGACUUUGACCUGCACGGUCGUUGCCACAGAUCUAGCGCGUCGUCUUGUUUUGCGCUCACCAGUCACGACUCACACUAGCCCAUCACCACGGAUCUGUCGCUGGCCGAGAGGCAGAGCCUGCCAAGAAGAGGGAGAAGAGGAAGGGGAAAGCGAGGCGGCCUGGGACUGGGGGCGAGCCGUCCGACGACGGCAGCGGCAACAGAGGGGAAAAGAAGGCGAGUGCAGUGACCGGCUAGCCACCGAGGGUUCUUGAGCAGGCAGUCACUGAUCGCCUUUCUCCUCCGGUGGCCAACCCUCAGUCUGAGUCGUCCAGACGGAAAUCAAGGCUUCUCUCGGGCAUAUGCAUGAGGGCAGCAACCAAACAGACAAGUGCCUUGCUGGGCUGUCAUACAAGAGCUGGGAAGCCAGUCACUCUUGUGCUAUCUGAUAGUUGACAUAAAGGCAGCGUGUGUGCUAUACCUCGAGCCAGAUAGGCGAUGGCACCAAAGGUCAGAGUAAGCAAUGUGUGGCACCGCCCUCUCCUCCUAAUAAAGAAGAAUACUACAGGAGAGCCAUUAAAUGAGACUGCGGUGGUGCGCAUCAAAGCGCCACUAGAGGCUAUCGAACGGACUGCCAUCUAUGUUGUCGUGGUCAUCGAUGUCAGCCACAGCACGGCUUAUGAUCUGGCACUGCCAACGAACAAGCCAUCGAGGUUGGAUCUGCUGACAAAAGCAAUGAAGUUCAUCAUAAGACAGCUUCAUGACGGUGACUGUCUUGCUAUUGUGUUCAAUGACAAUCUUGUCAUUGAUAACAUUGAAAUCUCUGAUGACACUCGGGUAGAUGCUGAAAACAGAGUGCAUGACCUCUUGUGGAACAAGGAUGACAUAGCAUUCAGACCCGCCUUACAGGAAGCCAUAAAGAUUUUGGAUGCUCGAGUGGAUAAGACAAGUUUAGGCUUCAUAAUUCUCCUGUCAGAUGGCCUAGACAACAGCAAGUUCAAGUGGAAUAACACAAGCCCCGCUCCAAAUGACCCUGUCCGUGAUGACAUCAAAAAGUACCCAGUCCACACCUUUGGUCUGUGUAAGGCUCACGACCCAAAGGCAUUGUGCUUCAUUGCCAAAGAAUCCAAAGCAACCUACUCAUCAAUCACUGAGAAUCUCAACAGUAAGAUUAUUGAAGCUCUUGCUGUCUGUCUUGGUGGGCUCCUGAACAUCGUUGCCGUUGAUACAGUCAUCACGAUUACUGCCAAUCAAUCUGACACAUGGCAGCCAAAGAUAAAGAAAAUCAACUCUGGAGGCUACAAUAGCAGCAUCUCAAGGGAUGAAACUUCUUGCAACAUCACCAUUGGUAUCCUUUAUGCUGGUGAGGUGAAGGACUUGAUCGUUGAGUUUGAGUUAAAUGUUCCUUCGUUGGAUAGUGGAGGUUACAAAUAUGCACCACUUACUGCAAGUGGUGACUACAAGGGUAUUCCUGGCGGACAGCCCAUUGACAUUCGCAGCCGUGAGAUGGAAUUUUCGGUUUAUGCGCGCCGGUGCACGCCCAAUAACGAAAUGCCUUUGGUUCAAUUUCCCAUGAUCCUGCAGCACAAGGUCCGGACCAGUGUUCUGAAUAUGCUGGGCACAUUCAAGAAGGAAUUCCAUGCCCUGCAGGCAAAGGCCGAGGGUGAUGACGUGAAGAACUUGGCGGGGAACGAACUGCGUGAAAUGUGGAAGGACUUCAAGAAAUCCAAAAGGUCCUGGAAAGACGCACAGGAGUCCGGCCUUGACCUGGAGGGCAUUGAGAACGACAUCGAAGCCAUGGUGAAAAGCCUGAAGCAGGGCCAAGGAGUGGGCUGCGUGUACUCUUGGGUGUUGAGCUACAUGAUGCAACGCGCCGCCACCACAGGCUUGCCUGCGGCCGCGUUUCUCACGCCCAAGAUGAAGAAGAUGGCGGAGAGGGCGCAGGAGGAAUCAGCACAGGCUGCAUCAUCUUCUGCAGCGAGCAACACGCAGCCAUGGGAGCGUGUCAAGGACCUGCAGGUGCUGCUGUACAAGCUAUUGGAAGAUGUGUCGAAGAUGGGCCGUGGAGAGAGGGACAGCUUCCUUCACUCCCUGGCCAGCGUCAUGUCCCCCUAAAUAUGCCAGGGCGUGGGGAACCUGGAGAGGGCAACGCUGGGGCUCAUGAGGCAGAGACUCCGACGGGCACACGCGGAAGACUCGCAAAAUCUUCUUCCCUUCCCUGAGAUCUCUUUGGAAGGUGACUAAUAUUUUGUUUUACUAGGUCUACAGGCGAAACAAAUUCUCUAUGUGCCUCAAUCUUCAUCAUAUGAAAUAUUUGUAACCAUAAGAUCGCAAUUUUUUGCUUCUUUUAAGGCUAUAUACUUUGCUACAUUUGUUCUCCCUUUCAAUUUGUUCUAGACCUCUAAACAAUCUUUCCAUUUUC